AUGGAGAAGAAGAUCGACAUGCUGUGUGUGCAAGAAACAAGGUGGCAAGGACAGAAAGCCAGGGAAUUGGGAGAAGGCUAUAAGUUGUACUACAUGGGUGUGGAUAACAGGAGGAACGGUGCUGGGUUGGUGCUAAGGACAGGGAUGAAAGAGGGGGUCACCCAGGUUAAUAGAGGGUCCGACAGCGUGAUGUGGUUAAAGAUUGUAGUAGGAGAGGCAACGGUAAACUUUGUAUGUGUGUAUGCUCCUCAAGUGGGGUGUACAAAUGAAGAAAAAGAUGACUUCUGGGAUCUUCUGGGAGACACAAUGUUGAAAGUACCAGAAGGUGAGGAAGUAGGUGACCUAAAUGGACAUGUUGGAGAAGGAAGCAGAAACACAGAAGUCACUGAGAGAUAUGGAGUGGGGACAAGGAAUGAAGGAGGCGACAAAAUAGUGGACUUUGCAACAGCACGAAGCCUGGCCAUAGUCAACACCUACUUCCAGAAAAAACUGACUCGUCGAGUAACAUACACUAUCGGAGGACAGAACACAGAGGUAGUCUACAUCAUGUGCAGACGGAAUGAAUUGUAA